CAGUAGGGAGAGAACAGAUGGGAUGGAACCGGUUUUCCAGAGGGUCACACCUCCGGCUACCCUUGUGUCGGGUACGGAGUGUCAGUUGUCGUGCCGUGCCCCAUGUAUGACCGCGGGACUCUGAUGGCUCAGACUGGAGUUCCAUGAGUAUUUCCUCGCCUCGUUCUUCCUGUCAUCAGGGGACAACCAUGACUGAGAACACAGACGUGCCGACUACCACUUCAGACGUCGAAAGUGGAACUACAAUAGCGACAGCUGAAGUGCAGCAAGACCUUGCAGGCGGUCACAGAUGCCUCUCCUGCAAUUCGGAUUUCGAAAGUAACGACCAACUGAUGGAGCACAGCGUUGCUCAUCACGAGGAGAUAACCAUGACUGCGAACGUAGACAUCUCGACUACCAGUUCAGACGUCGCAACCGAAACUACAGACGUGGCAGUUGAAGUGCCGCAAGACGUUGCAGGCGGCCACAGAUGCCUCUGCUACAAUUCGGAUUUCGAAAGUAACGACCAACUGAUGGAGCACAGCGUUGCCUGUCUCGAGACAUCUAGGACAUCCCCUGUGGUAUCCAGUGCAAGAGCUACCGGUAACAAGUCAUAUAAUAGGAUACUAUCUAGCUUUGGAAACAGUUGCGUUGUUUGCGGUGUUGUCUUCAAUUCCUGGCCCCGACUCCGGAGACACAUGACAUCACACGACCUGGUUCCUCACGAUACGAAGUGGUUCAGUCGCUGUCGCUCGGCGAACGGCACCAUCCGGUGUCGUAUCUGCGGCAAGGUCCAAAGAAGCAUGAUCCGUCUUCGCCUUCACUACUCGGCCCACGUGAAGGACCGUAUCUUCAGUUGCCCAAAGUGCCCGGGCACCUACAAGACAAGCCGAAACCUCGUUAUGCACUUCCGGAAUGCCCACGUUCCGAGAUAUAAAUGCAGUCAGUGCAACUUCGCGACUGCCUAUUACAAUAUUUUACGUCACCACGAAUUAAAACAUGCCGGGAUCGCCGCUAAAGAACGCUGUGAAGCGUGCUUCAAGUUCUUAGCAAAGCAUGUACUUUUACGUCACUAUUACCAACAUACGGGCGAGAGACCCUAUCCGUGCAAACAGUGCGACUCCGGCUUUGUGACCACCUCAGGGCUGAAGAAUCAUGUCCGCGAAGUACACGGGCGCGAAAAACGUGCGUCUCAUCAUACGGGACCCCAGAGCCGUCUAGUGCAGGCACGUAAAGAGGCUGUUGGUGACGACGGUCUACCAGGAUUGAAUAAUCGAUGCGUCGUCUGUGGUGAGACAUUUGCCCUGUGGAAUUUACUGCGGACGCACAUGGCAACACACGAUCCGGCUCCCCAAGAUCCGAGGCUGUUGGACAAUUGCCGCUUGGCGGACGGGACCAUCCAAUGCCUUGUCUGCGGUAAAUUUCUAAGAUGCAUGGCCCUUCUUCGCAGCCAUUACUCCUGUCACACAAAUGCUCGCGUCUUCACUUGUCCAAAGUGUCCUAGCGCUCAGAAGACAAGCCAGCAUUUCAUCGACCACUUCAGGAGGGCCCACACUGCGCUGGCGCAGACUUAUCAAUGUAGUCAGUGCGACUUCACGACUAUGUACGUGGAAACCUUAUACAGACACGAAUCGAUACAUGCCGGCACAAACAAAGAACGAUGUGAAGCUUGCUUCAAAUUCUUCUCAAAGGAGAGCCUGCUACGUCACUAUUACCGACAUACGGGCGAGAAACGGUAUGCGUGCUCACAGUGCAGCUCUGGCUUCCUCAUCACCUCAGAUCUAAAGAGCCACAUCCGUCGUGUGCACGGGAACGAGAAAGGAGCUACUCACCGUACGGGACUCAAGAGGCGUCGACCAUUGGUACGCAGAGAGGACGUCGGUCUACCUGGCUUGAAUAAUCAGUGCAUCGUCUGCGGCGAAAAAUUCCCCCUAUGGCAUUUACUGCGGGAGCACAUGAAAACACACGAUCCGGUUCCCCAUGAUCCGAGAUUGCUGGACGACUGCCGCUUGCCGGAUGGGACCCUCCAGUGCCUUGUCUGUGGUAAAAUCCAACCGAACAUGGCAGGUCUUCGCAUGCAUUAUGCGGUUCACACAAAUGUUCGCAUCUUCAAGUGUCCAAAGUGUCCGCUUGCCGUGAAGACAAGCUCGUAUUUCCUCAAGCACUUCAGGACUGCGCACACUACGCUGGCCCGGGUUUAUAAAUGUAACCAGUGCGACUUCAAGACUGUCUACAGCCGUCGUCAAUUACGUAUGCAUAAGUUAAAGCACUCCCGAAUUUCCCAAAGCGAGCGGUGUGAAGUCUGCUUCAAGUUCUUCUCAAAGCGCGCGCUUGUACGUCACUAUCACCGGCAUACAGACGAAAAUCCGCAUGUGUGCCAGCAGUGCGGCUCCCGCUUCGUCUGGCCCUCAAAACUGAAACACCAUGUCAGACAAGUGCAUGAGAGCAGCGCACUUGCUUCUCACAAUGGGAAACCCGAGAGGCGUGCACAGUCUCUUCCAAGCACCGGCCUUCCAGGCUUACAUAAUCGAUGCGUCGUCUGCGGCAAGACAUUCCUCCUGUGGAAUUUACUGCGGAUACACAUGGGAAUACACGAUCCUGUACCUCAGGAUUUGAGAUGGUUUGACGAUUGCCGCUUGGCAGAUGGGAGCAUCCAGUGUCUCCUUUGCGGUAAAGCCCAAAGAAACAUGGCCAGCCUUCGCCGCCAUUACGGCUGCCACACGGAUGCUCAUCCCUUCAGUUGUCCAAACUGUCCACAUACCUUCAAGAGUAGCACAGAGUUCCUUACUCACUUCAGGAGGGCCCACAGCCCGUUCGCCCGUAUCUAUAAAUGUAGUCAGUGCAACUUCAAGACUAUCUACAGCAGAGCUUAUAAUGAGCACGUGGAGGAACAUGCUGGCAUUCCCCUAAGAGAACGGUGCGAAGUUUGCUUCAAAGUUCUUUUCAAGAAGUCGCUUUUACAUCACUACCAUCAACAUACUGGCGAGAAACCGUAUGCGUGCCUACAGUGCAGCUGUCGCUACAUCUGCGUCUCACGGCUACAAGGUCACGUUAAACGCGUACAUGAGCGCGAGAAACGUCCCUCUGAUCAUAUUGGGCGCAAUAAGAGACGCCGAACCCAAGUGGGACACUCCAAGUAAUAUCCUUUUUUCCCCCUUUUUCCCCUUUUUUCUCGUGGCGUGAAGCCCCCGCAUUAUUUCAGCGCGUCCAGUUGCCAUAUAUAGGAAGUCUCGUCGUGUCCGUCCGCUUGAGCAAGAAACGAGAGUACAAAUGCCAAGACUGCCAGGUGUGUGUGGCAAAGGGACACGCACUGAGAACUUGCCGCGUCUCUUGCGUCGAAAUACCGAGGAACCUACGAAUACUUGCUGCGAGGAACACAUGUACAGCACGAAGCUUCAUUUCUACGGGGAGAAUACACGUCCGCGUCAGGAAUGGUCCAGUGUAUCAAAGAUCAUCUUACGUUGUUUCAGAUAUGCACCAGACAUACGAAGGUAACACGUGGACGAGAAGCUGGCAAGUGUGCAGUGUGCGUCAGUGCAUGACAAAAUACGCAACAAACUAUGGGGCAAACAACGUGCUAGACAAACGCAAGUCAAACUGGAUCUCUUUCAGGAAGACUACAAAGACAGCAACGUUUUCUUUUUCAUUUUUGUGCUCGGAUAACUGGCGAAGCAUGUGCCAGGCGACUACCUACAAAGGCAAACACUGUUCAUGACGUUUAUAAAAUUGGAACUUCCUUAUACAUGUACCGGCAUACUGCAAUUUUAUUUGUCGGG